AUGAAAGGGCCGAAGCUAAACGCAGAUCUGCUCCAUCUUCUGUUGCAGUUCCGCUGCAGCUUCACGGUUUUAACCGCCGACAUCAGGAAGGCAUACCUGCAAAUCAUCAUUCACCCCGAAGACAGAGAUUUCCUUCGCUUUCUGUGGGUAAAGGAUGCACGGCAGGCAUCCAACGACAGCAAUCUCGAACUUGUCGUGUGGCGGAUGACUAGAGUCCCUUUCGGAGCUACUUCGAGUCCAUUUCUGCUAGCAGCAACGCUGCAACACCACUUUGAGGUAGUUUGCUCGGAUUAUCCCAACACCGUAUUCAGCCUCCGGACGGGGUUUUAUGUCGACGAUCUGGUAUACCAAGCAACGGUAGAAACACUGAUAUCCGCUGGAAUGGAUAUUCGCAAGUGGACCUCAAACUCUCGGGUUCUGCGGGAUAGAUUUCUCAUGGAUUUGUCAUGGUUCUAUGACAAUGCCUCCGACGGCGACCCCAUCGUCAAGGUUCUCGGCCUAUAUUGGGAUCGCAGCACGGACGAUCUUCUUCUCAAAACGACUCGAGCAGCAGACUUCGCCGUCCCACACCCUGCAACGAAGCGCACUGUCCUGAAAGUGUUUUCACUUGUGUAUGACCCCUUGUGGUACAUCGCACCCGUCAUUAUAUCUGCGAGAACUCUGUUUCAAGACCUGUGGCGCAAGGGCCUAUCGUGGGACCAACCAGUUAGCGAAUCAGACAACGUAAUGUGGGAGAAGUGGAAGGUCAGCCUGGGAGAAUUGAACAUGCUCCGACUCCCGCGCUGCGCUCUCCCUCAAGAUAUCUCACCUGUCAAUGUGCACUGUUUCGUAGAUGCCAGUCCGAAAGCCUAUGGCACUGCUAUACACUCGCGGAGUCUCUCUCCCAACGGCUCUCUUCUGGUUCAUUUGCUCAUAGCAGGGGCUCGUCUGGCACCGUUAAAACAGGUGUCGUUGCCACGUCUCGAGCUCCUCGCCUGCCUCUUAGCUACACGUCUCUACCGUCACGUUUCCGCGCUGAAGACAGACAUUUUUGGACAGAAUCCGAACGCUCUUCAGUGGAUUCAUAGAUCUGGUAGCAAAACUCAGCAAUUUGUUCAGUCUCGAAUAACCGAAAUCUUGGCUUCAUCCCGCGCUGAUCAAUGGUACCACUGCAGCGGUAGUGACAACCCCGCGGAUGUGAUAACUCGGGGCGUAUCCGCUACCAGUCUCAAAUGCUGCAGAUUGUGGUGGACAGGUCCCGGCUGGCUAUCAUCGUCGUUUGGCACCUACGUGAGUACAGAAAACCAGCUUUGCCAACCAGGGAUUCGAUUAACCGAUGACAGAGCCUCUCCAGCAAGUGAAUGUCCAGCUGUGCUCAAACAUGCCUCCGUUUCGGCAGUCGUCGCAAUUGAAGAAUGGAUGGAGAUCACGGACUACGGGACGUUAUCCAGGCUCCUUCGGGUCACCGCCUGGAUGCUGAGAUUUGGGAACAACGCUAGAUCUGAGAGACCAUCCGUGUCUGGUCCACUCACACUUGAGGAAAUCACGCAUGUGGAGAACUUUUGGAUCCGUCGCGUGCAGGCUGAGGCUUUCCGUCAUGAGGUUGCCGCUCUCAGCAAAGGAAACAUGCAUCAUCGUCCCUACAUGCGUUCCAACCGUUUUUGGACGCCAACGGCAUCAUGCGCGUCGGCGGCCGUCUUCAUCAACUGA